CUUACUGCUCCGCACCUCCAUCCCCUCCCGUCCCUCUCCAUCCCCUCACACACACCUGCCCGCCAUGUCGCAGGGCGCCCGCCGCUCCACGCUCGGGCCCGUCGACCCCAACCCCGUCGUCGGCUCGGCACUGCCGCUGCCGCAGUCGGCCAUCAAGGCCAAGUACGCCGCCGCGUCGUCGAGCAUGCUGCCGCGCCAGAGCGUCGCGCGCCCCUCGCUCGCGCCGCGCGUCUAUGCGCCCGUGCCCGACGCCGCCGCGCGCAGCGUGUCGGGCCCGCGCGCCAGUAUCGCCGCCGCCGGCUUCCAGCGCCAGAGCCAGGCGCAGGACGCCGACGCCGGCGGGCCCUCGGUGCACUCGACGCCGCACGGCUCGCAGGGCGCGCGCAGUGGCCAGGGCUACGGCUCCGUCAGCCGCGCCAGCGUCAACGGCGCCAUGCUUGCGCGGCAGAGCGUCGCGCCGACGCCGACCGGCCGGCGGUCGGUUGGGCGACAGUCUAUGGCGGCAGGCGUCGGCCCGGGCGGCUUCGGCGCUCGGGCGCUGUCCGAGCUGCGGCCGCUGCGCCAAAAGGCCUUCAUGGACUCGCUCAAGGAGCGCGUCUUCACGUAUCUCUCGCGCUCGGGCUUCCAGGCGCCCAACUUCAGCCAGAAGAGCAUGAGCAACCCGACGCAGGCCCACGUCAUUGCCAUGUUCCGCCACGUCUACAAUACCACCGUCGACGCGCAGUACCGCUGGACACAGGAGACGAAGAAGGAGGCAGACGAGAUCAUCAGCCUCAUGACCGACAUCAAGUACCCGCUCGUCGGCGAGCUGAGCAAGACGAAGCUCAGCGCCGCGGGCAGUGCGCAGAACUGGCCGGCCGUGGUGGCCAUGAUUGACUGGAUGGUGUGCAUGGCAAACAACUUCGACGACGGCACGACGUACGUCGGCGCCGGCCCGCUGGAGCGCGAGGUUGACGAGGACGACGAGAGCGACCAGCACCUCUUCUUCAGCUUCCUGUGGAAGUGCUAUGACCGCUUCUGGGACAACCAGGACACAUACCCGGACCAGAUCGCCGAGCUCGACCAAAUAUUCGCCGAGCGCAACCACGGCUUGACGCAGGAGGUGGAGACGCUCGAGGCGGAGCAGAUGAAGCUGGCUGCCGAGCUGCGGGAGUACACCGACACGGACUCUCCCCUUGUGGUGCAGACCAAGGAGAAGGAGACGCUCGAGGGCGACAUUUCCAAGUUCAUCAAGUACCGCGACGACAUCCUCAACCCCAAGCUUGCCAAGAGCAAGAAGGGCCUUGAGCGGCUACGCGCCACGAUCGUCGAGUCACGCGACGAGCUGCGGCGCCUCGAGACGGAGCGCAAGGAGCUCGACGGGCAGGUCUCGGCGCAGGAGAUGUCGAGCGAGGAGUUUGACCGCAUGAGUGCCGAGCGCGACACGCUGCAGCGUCAGCUGCAGGAGAUUGCCACGACCAACGAGCAGGCGGCGCGCGAGGCGUGGAAGCUCGAGAUGGAGGUGACCAAGUGGCAGGAGGGCGUCGAGGAGCGCUUCAAGAACUUCAACCUUCUCGCCACGACGGUCGACGUGCUGCCGCUGCGCCUCUCCAACGGCGAGGAGCUCGACGAGCUCGAGAUUGUGCCGCGCAACCCCUCCACGAUGCUGCGCAGCGGCGUCGACAUGAAGCACGUCGUCAAGCCGCGCAUCAACGACGUGCGCAACCAUGCGCAGCAGCGCUUCCGCGAGCUCUCGGACAAGAAGCUCGAGGUGGAGGAGGACAUGACGGGCGUCGAUGAGGUGCUGGGCGCCCUCAGCGAGGAGGUGACGCAGCUCGAGGCACACACGACGCGCCAGAAGAAGUCGCUCGAGGAGACGCAGAACGUGAGCGCCGACGAGGCUCGCCUCUUUGCCGCCGACAUCAUGGAGCAGGAGCGUGCCGUGCAAGACGCCGAGCAGGCCGGCUACCGUGCCGUGCAGUACGCCGAGGCCAAGCUGGCCGCUCUCCACCGGCAAUUCAAGCUGGCGCAGGAGAACGACAAGCUCUACCGCGACAAGCUGGCAAAGGAGGUCGAGCUCGUCGCCGGCGAGCUCGUGAGCAUGAAGGAGUCGACGCUGCGCGCCGUCGCCACGCUCUCCGACGCCGCCGAGCGGGCAUGCCGCGACUGAUCGCCGCUUCCUCUGUUAUGUGUCGCUGCCCCCUCACGUGCUCCGUCUGUCACUGUUUGUACCUCCUUUGCCUGCUGCCCACUCAUGCACCCUCGCUCCGCUAUUAUCUGCCUCUGUACCGCCGCGUCCCGGGCCGUCUCUAUCUUAUCGAUACCUCUCACGCCAC